AUGCCAAGGGGUGGGUCUCGGAAUGUGCCAAAAGGGCCAAGGCGAAUUGACCAGCGAAUUAGCAAGGCUCUGGGAGUUAAGAAGAAGAUCGAACACAGUCCGUUCUGGGGCUGUCGGAUCUACAAACAUGCAACCUUAGCUAAGGAGGACCCGUUCUGGGAGAAUCGGCUUUGA